CAAAGAGCAACACGACAGCCAACUACCACCACACAUCCGAGCAGUGAUGGAGCCAGGCAGGCGCAAGACCCUCUCCCAGCUCGAUACGAACCACAUCUCCGCCAUCCCGCAGCCCAGUGCUCGCAAGGCCAGUCACCACCGCGCCUCCCAGAUCGCAGUCGCGCCAACAUACAAUAACAACAACACUGCCAACCCGCACCAUCAUCGCCAGUCUUCCCAUGGUGAAGGCAGGUUGAGCUAUGCGGCCUUGUCAACAAGCCAGGGACAUGGCGCAUCGACUAUUUCGGCGGCCCCUGCAACGACAGGGCAACGGCGAUCGAGCGUGUAUGCGUCUGCUGGCGGGCAUGGCCAUCGUAACUCCUCGAUGGGUAAUAUGGGGUUCUUGUCACAAAAUGCGUCUCAAGCACCAAACAAGGACCCACGUCCGAUCAGAGACAAGCUAUUCAAGGAGACGGCAGUCAGAAAAAUCACAGAGUACCUUGAAAAGGCGCGUUUCUCACAAUCGGUGGGACCAAAGACAUUUACACAACCUACGCAAAAAGAGUUUGUCUCCAUCUUUCAAUUCCUGUACCUUCAGCUGGAUCCAAACUUCCAAUUUAUCAAGAAGAUUGAGGAAGAUGUGAUUACGUGCAUCAAGACAAUCAAGUAUCCCUUCGCUGACAGUAUCACACGUUCGCAACUCGCAGCGGUAGGCUCGCCACACUCUUGGCCAGGCAUGCUUGCCAUGCUUGUCUGGAUGGUCGAGCUGCUCAAUAUGAUGGACGCGUUAUUUAAUGGAGAGCUAGAUGUGGCAGAGGACAACAAUGCCGACAAAAUCUACUACAACCACUACCUGAAAGAAGCCUACCGCGUCUUUCUUGCAGGUGGAGAUGAUUUCGAUGAAGUAGAGCAAGAGCUAGGUCGUGCUUGGACAGGCUUGAAUGCACACCUCGUCACGGACAUUGAACGUUUACGCCAGGAAAACGCAGUCUUGGCACAAGAACUCAAAUCCCUGAAUGCCUCACAACCACCGCUCAAGACACUGCAGAAUGAGCGUGAUGUCCUCAUCUCUGACCGUACAAAGUUCAAGGACUACAUCCAGCGAUUGGAUCAGAAGCGCGAAAAGCUCGUACACAUCAAUGAGAAGAUUCGCGAACAAUUGCUCGAAGCAGAACAGGAGAUUCAACAGCUGCAGUCAAGGAAGGCCGAGUUCCAGGAGAUUGUGGAUAAGCAAGAUAUUUCAGCGACGGAUGUGGAGAAGAUGACAUCGGAACAGGAGACACUCAAGAAGAGCUUGGAGGCUGCUAGCGUUCAGCUGCACCAAUUGUCAACCCUCGUCUUGGAGAAGGAGAAGCUGGCUCAGGCCAAACUCGACAAUGUACACAAAGCUAUCCAAGCUUACAAUACAUUAGGCUAUCAAGUUGGCGUCAUGCCAGAAACGGCAGAGAAUGCCGGUGGUAUCAAGUUUGAGGUGGAGCUGAGUUUGCCUGAACACGACCGCGACUGGUUGCACGUACGGCCAGAUCAGCUCAUUCGAAAUGAUUUACGCAAUCAAAUCAAGCCAGCACUCGCACAAUUGCGUCAAGAUUUGGGGACACGCGUGCAUGAGCACCAGGACGAGCAGAUUCGGCUGGGUGAGAUGCUGGAUCAAGUGAAUGAAGGUCUCAGCGACAAGCAAGAGGAGCUCGAAGCACUGGAGGCGAAGCUGAAUGCGACGAUUGAGCAGUACAAUGAAAUCAAGGACACCGCUACAGCGGAACAAGCCGAGUUGAAUGCGCAAGCAGAAGCGACAGAACGAGAGCUGAACAAGAUGCGCAAUAAGAUGCGUACUGGGCUGGUGAAGCUUGAUCAGCAGCAGCAAAGCGUGACGCUUGAGUAUGACAAACUCGUGGGCGAGGCCAAUACAUUGCGUGAAGGUCUUGUUCGGGAUGUGGUCAAGACGUUGGAUGAGGUGAUUCAAUUCAAGCUGCAUAUCCAGACGUGCCUCGGUCAGCUGGAGGCUGAGGUGGAGGAUGCAACCGACCAAGAUGUUGUGGGUGCUGUCUAGCUUUCUGUCAUCUAUGUAUCGUUUCCUUUGUACACUAACAAGCUGCGGUAGUCCGUUUUCUGAUACCUCCUUCAUGAUCGCAAGCAAGACAGAG